CGCAAUCAAAGACAAAACUUUCCGAGAUUUGCCAAUCGAAUACCCAGGUAUGCACCACAGUUGAGCAUUCGUUGGUUGAAAUGAAAUACAUAUUGUAUUUUCUCUCUUACCGUUACUUUUAAAUUUGGAACACAUUUAGGGCAAAGCAGUUUGGGUUGCAGUAUAUAUGCGAAUUCUCGAUAAUGGACCAAAUUCCUACUUUGGCUGUGAUUAUUGUAAUAAAAAAGUUUGGCAAGGAGGAAGUUAUACAUGCUUGGAUUGUGGCAAUCUCAAUGCACGUGAAUUGACAUCACUCCAAAUGUUUGGUUAAUGGAUUAAAUGAAGUUUGAUUCUCACAAUGUAUAUACAUGGUCAAAGUUAAGUUGACUGAUGAAACUGGUCAGAUUCAAGGAACAAUUUUCAAUGAAAAUUUCAACUGACCCCUUCAAAAAAAAAAGAAAAAGAAAAGAUUUCGACCCGACUGUUGUGCAUUAGAAAGACUACCCACCGGUCAGGAGAAAUUGACAUUUCACAACUUCAAGCCAAGAUGGACGGAAAGAGCUUUGUUUGUGAAGUGAGAGUUGACAACAAACAGUUUCAGGGAAGAAAUUGGAUAAAUUAAAGUUUCAAUGGUCUUUGUGAAAAUGUUAUCUUCUCACAGUCAGUUAGCGUUGAAGGUAAUAAAGGGGAAAGCAGUAGUCAAGUAUCUGCCAUAAGAAGAUUGACUUAUGAAGAAGAAAUUCAGCAACCUAGGGAAAUUACGAAUGCUGUCUCUGAAGAAGGAAGCCCAGAUGAUCACCCAUCCAAAAAAUGAAAAACUAAUAUUUUUAAGGCAGUGGAUAAUCCUUGCAGCAGCGAAAAUGCAUUGGCAGUGGAUGUUGACGUCUGAAAGUUUUUUCAACUCUGGGGGAAAUGCCAACUUCAACAGUGGUAUUUCACCAAUUAAUUUUGUAGUAGUAAAUGUCACAUUCAAUUAUUUUUACCUAACAUUAUUCAUUAAAGACAAAUAAUGGCUACCAAUGACAGCAAAAUUACACCAAAAAAUUUCAAAUUAACUCUAAAUAAAUGUAAUGUCAGUUUUUACCAAUUUUGAUUUCAAAAUAAUGAUGGCCAUUACUACCUUUCAAUGAGUUCUCAACUUCAUAUAAUAUCAUCCAUCCACAACUUAUUUCUUCCUUCCCUACAUACCAAUAAACCGUCAUACAAUCAUAACACUUAAUACUCUCACCUUGAACUUCAAGUGUUAGUCUUUGGAGUUAUCUCCUCUCUGGUUUCCACUCGACAAAUCAACCACCUUCCGAGGACCAAAAUCAUAGCAUCCCUAGCAUUGAUCAACCGUCAGAUUUUUCAGGGAAGAUCAGGUUCUAUAUUCAGUUUACUUUUUCAUAUCAGACGUGAAAUUGCUAUCUAUGAAAUCUAUAUCAACUAAACAUAAUAUAAUUUCCGGUAAGUGGCGUAAUUGAUAAAUUCAUUCCCUCAGUAUUCGUAAUUCUUAACGCUCCUGUUUCCUUCUUUGUGUCUUGUAUGAUAAUUAUGAUUUCAAGACUUGCAAGACAUCUUUUUUAUUUCUAUUAUUAUCAAAUUCCUGCUUGGUUAUACCAGGUAACAUGAUUCUUAAAUGCAUCACUUAUUAUAAUAUGAGUUGGUUUACAAACUUUUUUCAUGAUCAGACAGGAUGUUAAUUCUAAAAUACUUUGUAUUUCUAUGUGGCUGUUCUUUAUGGUUAAAAAAGCUCCCAAAAGUGCUUUUGCCUUUUAUGUAGGCCCGAAAAAAAGUUUUAACUGUUAGAAGAGGAUGCAUAGUACUUUUACUUUACCCUGUUGAACUAAGUGUUGUAUGAUCUCUGGGUGCAUCUACAUUGACCUCUAUUAACUUUACUUUCAUAGGAUGCUGCUCUUAGCUAUUACUUGCUUUCUGAAAUCAUUAAGUAUUAUCUCAGUUACUCCAAAGAAAAUUGUUGUGGCUCUUGGCUGUGAACCAUAAUUUUAAUAUAAAACUUAAAAUUCACCAACUUAUUUUUUAUCACUUGGGGGAGAAUUUAAUUUAGGAAUGGAUGGAGUAUAUAGUACGUUAUAUUUUCAAUUGGUUGAUGGACAACAUGUUUAAACAGCCAAAACCUAGGCAAAAACAUCGAUGAUCAAUUUUUACCUCAUUGUGGUUCUGUUUAAUUGUUUUUUAUUAAGUGAGGCUAUAAGAGAUGGACAAGAUAUUGGCAAUUUGAGAGAUCUGAAUGGUAGUCUUUCAUAUUCCGUUUUUUGACUGGAUCCCGAAAACGUCAUUUCCAAUUGGUUGAACUCUUCACAGGACCCUACACCACCCAACAAUUCCAUAGACAAUUAUAUUAAUGGAAUGGGUUUUAUUGUAGAGGAUGGGGAAGCUGAGGUAGAAGGUGAUGGGGAAGGAGUCGACACAUGUUGAAAUUAUCAACCAACCUUUCAAUCUUCAUACAGAUAGGAGUAUUUUAUUUUUUUAGCAUUUUAGCUUAUAAACAGUAAAACUUUAUUUAUUAUAGAAGAUGUUGUUUGACAUACCAAAGAUGCUAUAUAAUGUAGAGGUUGCGUAGGAGAACAAAAAUAACUACAGUAACAGCGAUAAAAUGACUUUUUAAGUAUAUGAAAGGUGCCUUGGAGAUGCUCUUACACCGUAUAUAACCUUUAUAGUUAUACCAUAUGCUUGAAAUACACAAUAGUAAUGAAAAAAUGACAUCCUUCAUCUCAAUACUUUGAAGAGAAGGUGUUUUCUACCUUUAGGCUGGACAUUCUUACGCUAAGCCGAAAAGGCUUUAUUGUUGUUAAACUGCAGUUCAUUUACUAUGCAGGCAUCACUGUUAGCAUGGAGACUCAGCUGGCCUUUUAUCUGACCCUGUUAUGUUGUGACCAUUUUAUUGGUUUGGUGGUCCUAUGUGUUUACAUGAUCUUCUUUCAAGACACACACUUUCUUCUAGACGACUAAAUCAGGCUUAUGGAGUUUCCAUCUCUUAAGGUCUGUCAUU